UUUCGUCCCGGAAGUGACUCUCGAAGCUCUGCACGUUGUUUGGAUUGACUGUCAUGCAACACUCAUGGCGGGACGACUGAAGAAACAAGCGAAAGAUGCCUUGAGGAUCAUCGGAUGUGGCAGUGGCGUGUUCCUGGGGUUCCUUACGGCCUCGGGAGACGAGCGCUUCUACGCCAACGCUCUCAUGCCAGCGUUGCAGAGGAUUGUGGGAGCAGAGACGGCUCAUGUUAUGGCUGUCCGCUUGAUUGGACUUGGACUUGUGCCUCUCAACAACUACAAGGAUCCAGCCUCACUGGAAGUGCAUGUGAUGGGUCGAAAGUUCCAGAACCCAGUUGGGAUAGCUGCCGGCUUUGACAAGCACGGCGAGGCCGUGGAUGGCCUCUAUAGACUGGGCUUUGGGUUCGUGGAGGUGGGGACCGUCACCCCAAAGCCUCAGGACGGAAACCCCAAGCCCCGUGUGUUCAGACUGGAGUCAGACCAGGCGGUCAUUAACAGAUAUGGAUUCAAUAGUUGUGGCCUUUCUGUGGUGCAAGAAAGGUUGAAAGCCAGAAAGCAUGUGCAGUCCGAACUAACAAAAGCAGGAAAACCUCUUGGUGUGAAUCUGGGGAAGAACAAGCUUUCCGCGGAUGCGGUGUCAGAUUAUGUGGAGGGUGUGCGGACACUGGGUCCUCUCGCUGACUAUCUGGUAGUGAAUGUGAGCAGUCCCAACACUCCCGGCCUGAGAGCCCUACAGGGCAAGGAAGAACUGCGCCACCUUCUGGACGAGGUGAUUAAAGAACGUGAUUCUUUGCGGACGGAGAAGCGACUUCCUGUAGUCGUGAAAAUCGCUCCUGAUCUCUCCACGCAGGACAAGCGAGACAUCGCUGAGGUCAUCAUGGAGGUUGGCGUUGAUGGUUUAAUGGUUUCCAACACCACUAUUUCCAGACCAGAUACUCUUAAAGACCCUAAAAAACAUGAAGUAGGAGGACUCAGUGGUCAGCCUCUGAAGAAGCUGUCUACUCAAACAGUGCGAGAGAUGUACACACUGACUCAAGGGAAGAUGCCGAUUGUUGGCGUGGGAGGAGUGGCCAGCGGACGGGACGCGCUCGAUAAGAUCCUCGCGGGAGCUUCUCUCGUGCAGCUCUACACGGCUCUCGUGUUCCAGGGUCCGCCGGUCGUCAACAAAAUCAAGAGAGAGCUAGACGACCUGUUGAAGGCACAAGGUUUUACGUGUGUAGCAGAGGCAGUGGGUGCGGAUCAUCGAGCCACGCCUGAACAACCACAGACUCACAGCGAACGCUCACAUGAUCAUAACGCCUCACAUUCUGCAUUUACCACUGCUCAUUAAUGCCACAUUAUCUUGUACAUUACAUUGAUUUACAACUCUGGAACCACUCUGGAUUGUGUUUUUUUUUUUAGAAAUGAUGUGCCUUGUCAGUGAUAUAAAUGUAAAAAUGUCUCCAUUGAGUUAAAGGAAUAUAUGAAUUUCACGAUUUGUAACCGUGAAGGUCAUGUUAACCGUUCAAAUCACUAGUAAUGCAUUCGAUUUCAGCGGGUCAUUAAAAAGUAUUAAAAAGUCUUAAAUCAAUUUUCCUAAAAA